UAUAUCGUCUCCAGCCGGGCUAAUCUGAACGGGGAGACUGGAAAAGGAAGCGGAGUGUGGCGUUCACUCACUGCCCUACUGAAAAGCGAACAAAAUCCUCCCUCCCCAUUUUCUAAAGCGGGGAGACCCCACCCGGAGCUGGGAUCCCAACAGGCUCUCGUUCCCGGGCUGGUACAGCUUGCUCCUCCAUCCAGCGGCUCUAUCCCUUUAAAUUGCCGCCGGUGCCGCAGCCCGUGCCGGAAGGACCCUGGAACUGCAGCUGGUGUUGGCUAUUUAUACCCGGGCUGGAGCCGGGGGAACCGGACUGUGCCUCUCAGUGAGAGCGUGGGCAGGGAAAGGCCGCGGCGCGCAGGGGGCGGGCGCCGGGAUUCCAUGUCUCCUUGAGGCGUCGGCUUGGUUGUGCAGGGGCUGGGGGUGACCUGCAAAGGGGCGUUUCCUUCCUGCCAUGGAUGUAGCAGGGGCCUGAAGGUGCCUGCCCAGCCCGAGGCGCCCCGGGCGGCGGCCGCGCUAGCCCCGAGGAUCGUGCCCGUAGAGACGCGGCCAUGGCCACGGCGGUGUCCUCCACCCCGGGAGGCAGCGGGCGAGCUCUCGGUCGCUCGGCCGCAUUCUCCCCGCUCAGCCCGACCCGGCUCAGCCGGCUGCAGGAGAAGGAGGAGCUGCAGCAGCUCAAUGACCGCCUGGCCGCCUACAUCGACCGGGUGCGGGCCCUGGAGGCCGAUAAAUCCACGCUGCAGCUGCGGCUGGCGGAGCAGGAGGAAGGGAGCAGCCGGGAGCUGGGCAACCUGCGGCUCCGCUACGAGACCGAGCUGGCGGAUGCCCGCAAGGCGCUGGACUGCAUCGCCAUCGAGCGGGCCACGCUGCAGGUGGAGCUGGGCAAGCUCAGCGAGGAGCACCGGCAGCUGCACGCCAGGAAUUCUAAAAAAGAAGCUGACUUAAACCUGGCACAGGCUCGUAUCAGAGAUCUUGAUGCUCAGCUGAAUUCCAAGGAGGCUGACUUAGCAACAGCUUUGAGUGGAAAAAGAAGUUUGGAGGGCGACCUUCAAGAGUUAAAGGAUCAAAUAGUCACUCUUAAGUUGGCAUUGGAAGAUACCAAAAAGCAUCUCCAUGGAGAAAUGUUGAAGAGAGUGGACCUGGAAAACCAAAUGAAAACUGUGCAGGAACAAAUGACAUUCCAGAAACGCCUUCAUGAAGAUGAGCUCAAGGAAACAAAAAGAUUCCAUGAGAGCAGGAUAGCGGAAAUAGAAUCUGGCCGUCAGAGGGAAUUUGAGAGCAAACUUUCAGAUGCUCUGCAAGGACUCAGAAAGGAGCAUGAAGAACAAAUUCAAGAAUACAAAGAUGACUUGGAGCGCACAUUCAGUGCCAAAAUGGAGAAUGCCCAACUUUCUGCCGCAAAAAAUAGCGACUUUGCCAAUGCUGCUCGGGAGGAGCUGAUGGAAACAAAGAUGAGAGUUGACACUUUGACAUCCCAGCUUAAUCAUUAUCAAAGCCAGAACUGUGCAUUGGAGAACAGAAUAAGAGAGUUACAGGAGACUCUGGAUUAUGACCGUGAGAUGCAUCGAAGACGUAUGGCUGAAAAAGAUAAAGAAAUGGCACAAACGCGGCGGCAGAUGCAAGCACAGUUGGAAGAAUAUGAGCAUCUACUAGAUGUGAAACUGGCCCUAGAUCUAGAAAUAAAUGCCUACAGAAAGAUGCUGGAAGGAGAAGAACAGAGGCUAAAACUGUCAUCUAGUCCAUCUUCCCAAAGUGUUGCAACCCAGGCAACAACCAGCCAUGGGCAUCGCUUCCUGCAUGGAAAAAAGAGAAAACUGAAAGAAUCCAAAAAGGGAGAGCACAGUGUCAGCUUUAAAAUUGUUCAGCAUGCAUCAUGUUCAGGAAAUGUGUCUAUAGAAGAAAUUGACACAGAAGGGAAUUUUGUCAAGCUUAAAAACAACUCGGACGAGGAUCAAUCACUAAAUGGAUGGGUACUAAGACGACGACUCGGAAGCUUGUCUGAAAUAAUAUACAAAUUCCCUGCUCGGUUUGUCCUUCGAGCAGGCCAAGUAGUUACGAUCUGGGGUGCUGAUGCUGGUGUAAACCAGAGUCCUAGUGAUCUGGUCUGGAAAUCCCAGCAGUCUUGGGGAACUGGGGAUAACAUUGGUGUUACACUCAUCAAUGCUGAUGGAGAGGAGACUGCAGAACGGAAGGUCAUACAUGUAUCCAGAGGAGAAGAAGGUGGUGAACUGGAAGAUGAGUUUGAUGAAGAAGAAAUAACAGGGAGCGAAAUGGAGUUUCAUCGUCGGACCAAAAGAAGAAAAAAGAAAUGUUGUUUGGUGUCAUGAUUGUGUUUCCUGUGAGCACCACAAAAUAGAACAAAGAAUAAACCACAUGGGAAUUGGUUAGAAGGUAAAUAAUUAACCUCUAAUCAUGCACGCCUCUCCAUUCUUUCUCUUAUUAUUCUUGAUUACAAUAGGGAUGCUAAAUUGUGUAUACUCAGUAGUUCAUUGGGCUUAACCUAUUUAAUUUCUCUUUAUAGUGUCUCCAGCAAAAUGAAGAUCCUAGCUGUUCUGUCAUGUAACUAAACAAAGGCAGUGACUACCUAAAACCACUCCUUAAACCAAAGUGACCCUUCAGACUGCAUGAAUUUUCAGCAGCUUCUGGAACAUGUGAAUCUUGGAUUUUUUUUCCCCCCUAUCAGACCUGUUUGGAGAAAGCAUCCUCCAGAAUGUGAAACUUCCUAUUUGUUGAUAUUGGGCCCUGCCUUCAAUGAAACUAGAUCCAAGUGCACAUUUCCUUUUCCAAGUCUUUCCAUGACAAAUAGAAGUAUUGUGAUUUAUUCACCCACAACUACUUGCCCUAAAGUUUACAGUAACUUCCUGCUGGGCAUGUCUCAUCCUAGCCAGGGAUGGUAAAUGCUCACAAAUUUAAUGGCUUCAGCUUUCUGAACUCCUGAUUAUUCAAAAUAUUUUCUCAAGCAGACUAAGAAGAACUGUUUCAAGCCUGACUGAAAUUUAGGUGGACCAAAUACUGCCUCGACUUAUACCUUCUGCAGCUUCACUGAAUUGAAAGUCAGAGCAAAUUGUUAUCCUUGUGUUUUUGGGGUUGUUUUUUUCCCCCGCCCAAACACCCCAGAACUCAUUUUAUGUUUGAGUCUGAUACUAAAGUUCCCUUGAUUGGUCUGGUCUAAGCCAAAUGAUAUAAUCUACUGGUGUAAAGUUUUAAAAUGAGCAAGCUAUUUGUAAAACAUGUAUUUUUAACUUGUAGUUAAAUAAACCAACCAUUAUACUGUUUCUAUAGCCUAGUACCUGUUAAACUCAAAAUAGUUUAAUAAAUAGACAUGUACAGUAAAGUGUCUGAAACUUUGAGGUGAGUAGCUUUGUACUAUAAAUGUGAACUAAAGUCUGAUGCCAACAAAGCAAUACUGUGGUUAAAUACAUCAGUACCUAAGUUAACUGCUUACUUGGCAAGACAUUAAUGGGGACAGAACUAAUUUAAUUGAAUAGUUUGGUAUAUCUAGAGAUCACACACUCCAAUGAUUGCUAAGUUUUGAUACCUUUUAAAGAAAGUUCCUGUGUUUAUUAAACAUCUGAAAUAAGGAUGUGUACUUCUGUAUUCAUAGUUGAGGUGAGGACAACUUCUGUUUUGUCAGAUAGCUAGAUAUGUUCUCUAUUACAGCACUGAGUUGAAGUGGAUUAAUAUACAGCAUUGUAACAAGGUACAGCUAAAAUGUCUAGCACAUAGAGGGGUUGGUCAUGAGUAGCCACUCCAGUUAGCCACUGUAGCGUGUUUUUUGUUUUGUUUACCUAGUGGCUAUACUGAAAAGAGGGGAAAUAGCCCAGCAAGAGUCCCUAGUUAAGCAACACAAGUCUGUUUCCUUGCUAAAAAGUUAGCUGAUAAUGCAGCCCCAUCUGAGCACUGGAGCAGCUUUCAGAAUUCUUUGUUGCCUUUCCAAAAGUCUCUACUGUAUAGUAUGUCUGAAUUUUAAGAUCUGGCCCAUGUUAGGACUGUGCUUUUUAGAGUGCUUUAGAGUUCCCUUCAGUUAGACUGAUUAAAAAUAUAUAGUAUUUUAAGACACUGGACACCUAAAGGGUGAGUGAAUUUGGCCUUUCAUAUUUUAGCAGACCCAAAUCCUUCAUUCUGUUGCACCUUGUCACUUUAGAAGAAUUUAAAAUAAGCUCUGUUUAUGAUCUUGCUGUGUUUAUAAUCUUGGGCUGUUCAAUUGAUUUUUACUAUUAAAGAUAUUUUCUAUGUACAUUAUCAUUCUUGGGCUUUAAUGUUUAAACUUAUGCUCACUUUUCUAGACAGAUUUAGUUAUUUUAACAUCUAUAUUGUUUGUGAAUUCUAAUUGUAGCUAAGAAAAACAAAUACACCUAAAGAACUGAGUCUCCUUUCCCUUAAUAAGCAAGUCUUUCAACAAUAGACUAAUCUGCUCU